AUGCAAUCGCAACGUGAGCAACGUGGACACACGUAUAUGCAAUGGAUCGUGGCAUCGAUAGCGAACUUAUGUACUCUGGCAUACGGCAUGGACGUGGGAUGGAUUUCCCCAAUGACAAAGAUUCUUCAGUCCGAUGCCUCUCCUCUAGGAUUUCCCGUAUCCGAUGAAACUAUGUCAUGGGUGGCGAGCGUAUUGUGCAUAGCUGGUACCUUGGGGGUAGUCAUAUUUUCUUAUCUAGCUGAUAAAAUUGGAAGAAAAUGGACAAUUGCAGCACUAUUAAUUCCACAAACGCUAUCAUUAAGUUUGAGAUUGUUCUCUCCAACAAUAGAAGCAUUGAUUAUUGGCAGGAUAUUAGCUGGCAUAUCGGGUGGUGGAUCGUUUAUCGUUAUCCCCAUGUAUGUGAAAGAGAUUAGCCAAGAAAGUCUUACUGGAAUACUUGUUUCUUUACAAAUCUUAUACCAAAAUAUUGGCAUCCUAAUUAUAUAUAUCAUCGGAAUAUAUUUGGAUUACUAUUCUACGCUAUGGAUCAUAUCUGCAGUCCCAGUCAUUACUUUAGUACUUCUGCUAAAAUCUCCGGAGUCACCCGCAUUUUUGGUAAAGCAAGAAAAAAUCGAUGAAGCGUACAAAGUAGUAGCUUGGUUAAGAGGUUUAGAAUGCAACGACAAAAGAGUGGAAAAUGAAAUCGAGAGUAUGCAACGACUAGAUGCUGAAUUUAGAUCCAUGCCAAACUUAAAUCUAUCAACUAUAUUAAAAGACAACGCAUGGCGCAAAGGAACUAUCGUAGCUGUUAUAUUCUUCACAAUUCAGUCUUUUAACGGAGGAUUGUCAAUAGUAACGUUCGGUGCAUCGAUUUUGGAAAGUACGGGUGUUGAAUUCAAUAUAAACUCAGAGUACCAAGCACUUGGUUUCCCUACCAUAAUGAUCAUAUCGUCUCUUCUACUGACGACUGUUGUAGAAAAAUAUGGAAGAAAGGUUCUAUUGAUGGGAUCUUUUGCUGUAUCAGCUAUAGCAUUGCUUUCGUUGGCAAUCGCUUCUCUAUCUGCUUCCUAUGGAGGUAGCAUACCUAACUGGUUGCCAAUUGUAUGUCUAAUGUUAUCUGUUGCAAUGUUUUAUGGCGUCAUAGGUCCUGUAGCAUACGUUGUUACUACCGAAAUGUUCACUUUCCAGAUUCGUGGUAAAUUGAUGGGAAUCGUAUGCUCGUAUCUAUGGAUUGCAUUUUUCAUUCCCCUUGUCAUUUAUGCGCCAAUCUCAACGGCGUUCGGUCAAUGCGCUAACUUCUUCAUCUUCGGAAUUGUCAACGUUAUUGGCGUCGUCUUCACGUUAUUGUUCAUUCCGGAAACGAAAGGCAGAACCGAUGAGGAAAUUCGGGUUGCGUUAGUAGGUCGACGAAAAGAUGACGGAUCUGUUUGA